AUGCGCAAUCACUUCCCGUCGGCGACCUAUGCGGAGCUCGUUGACGAUGACCACAACAUGCUCGUCCAGGCGAAAUAUCCACAACAACAACAACGCGAAUUUGUGGAUUACUUGCAGCGUGAGACGCUGGCUCUCAAGCAGGCUGUCGCACAUCAUCUGUCGCUCCCAUCAGAGGAGCUGUGUUCUGUUGAGCACUUGGAAGCGUGGACCGGCGGCUCCUUCAAUGUCUUGAUACCUGUUGUCGUCAACAACAGCUAUCGUGUCGCGGUCCGGUGCCCCUGGCCUCAUCACACGCAGUCGCUCACCUCUCCCAACAUGGCUGAUGAGAAGAUCCGUGAAGAGGCUGCUGCAUACGUGUGGAUGUCUAAGUACUGUCCCAGCGUACCCAUUCCUCAAUUAAUUGGCUUUGGUCUGUCAAAUGUGCGCUCCUUCACGCCUGUGGUGCGAUGCUCCUGGAUACGACGGACAUUCGAGUCCAUUCGAGAAAGGCUCCAUUGCGUCUUCUUUGACGUUCAGUACUGGCGACCGUUCGUGCUGUCGUCGAGCCCGGUCCACUUCAAGACCGGCUACCGCAUCACAAGCUUCAUAGAGCCUCGCCAAGGUAAAAUGCUGAUGGAGCGAUGGCCAUCUCACGACCCGGUCCACCGCCAGAACUUAUUUCGCUCUCUUUCCAAAAUCAUCCUUGACGUUGCUCGAGUACCUCAAACUCGGAUCGGCUCCUUUACGUUAAAUGCUGUCGAAGAUGAUGUUGACGCCGAAGGUCAACUAGCAACUGUCGUUGUAUGGAGAGCUAUUCGAUCUCACUUCACUGAUCCAAGUCUCCGAAGGGGCCCGUUUGCCAUGCAGCUUACAGACCUCAAUGAAGGUAACAUCUUCGUGGACAAUGAUUAUAACAUUACUGCGGUUGUCGACUUCGAAUGGACUUGUUCUCUGCCUCUUGAAAUGUUACAACCUCCGUUCUGGGUCAGUGGACACAUCCAGGACAGCUUUGUCGGAGCCACGGAAAAGAUAGCGAUCAACGAGAAGGUUUUCAUGCCAGCAUGCCACGAAUUCUUCGACAUUCUCAGCCAGGAACAAGCUUCCCGUCAUCCUUUGCAAAAGCCUGCCUUUGACGUUGCAAAUGUCGCGAGGGUGGCCUUCGAGAAGAAAUCACACUGGUACUUUGCAGGUCUCAGAUAUCCUCGUGUUGCGUACAGCUUCUUGCUUGGUCACAUACAACCACUUUUCGCGGCCUCGGCUGGUUUCCCUGGGCAAGUAGAGAUUGCGCCUUAUUACACGAAAAACGUCUCUCUAUUCAUCGAUCAGAAAGUGAGGGAAAAGGCUGAGUACGACGAAGCGCUCCGCAGGAUGGUCAUGUAG